GACUGUUGAACGAAAUUCAACAGCAACCUCACGUGCAUCAGAACAUACACGACGUGCCGACGACAUAUAAAAGGCGGUCAAUUUCGUGUUGAAAACCUCCGCCCUCCACCCCACCAGCAAAUCCUCCAGUACUCACAGUCAUGUUGUUCUUCAACCUCCUCCUCAUGGGGUUCGUCACUCUGAUUGGAGUGAUGGACGUCUUUUUCGAUCUUUCUCUUGUUGUUUACUCGAAAGCGGCAUUUGAUCUUGUUUUCGACAUCCCCAUCAUCGCCUACUUCGUUGUUCAAGGAUCUCCAUCGUUCACCGAGCCACUCGACGCCGCCCUGCAAUCCCCCUUUGACGUCUGCUCAUGGGGUAUUCCCGGUCUGCUGUCUCUCCGUCCUAUAACUCUCCCGCCGUCGACGAUCAACACCUCUCGCGAGCUUCAAGUCUACGACUCCGCUCAGUUCGCUUUGACCAUGACUGCCCCGACCGAAUGUUUGUCCGCAAAUCCACAAGAUGGUCAAGUGGGGGACGCCCCGCUUCACCUCUCUUCGGACUUCGGACCCGUUACCUCGGAACGUCGGCGUGCUAGAGCCAAUAGCGGAUUUUAUAGUAGAGGCGGAAUGUCCUACGUCAUCGCCGCCGUGUUGUUGCAAUCCGUUGUCCUCUCACUUAUGGUACGAGCGAUCUUAGGUCCGAGUGUGUACGUUCAGGAGACCACGUGCACAGCUCAGCAUGUAGCACUGGAUCCUGAACACUUGGACUCGAGUGGUACCGUCACGGAUACGCCUCAGAACAUUCCAUCUUCAGUAUCCCCACGACUUACCGCUAUUGCGCCAAACUUGUCCACUAUGCAUUCGCCUCCCACGCCGCCAUUUGUGCAGGCACAACAUGCGGCGGAGGCAGGUGCUGGAGUUUCGUCGAUGGAUGUAGAGCCUAAGAAAAAGAAGAAGCUUACCCGCCGCGGAGGACAAUGGAGAAGAAUACAACGCGCGGAGGGACAUAGGAAGAUAAGAGAAGCAGCAGAAGCAGCAGUUGCAAAUGCAACUAACAACCAGACUCCGAUACCUCGUUCGGAAACACCAUCUGAUCCUCUUAAUUUGUGGCUUAACCCAGACAUCUAGCCAGCUAGACCUGCCGACCUUCGCCAUUGUCGCUACCCUGAAGGAUUUCGGCGACCUCAACCACCAAGAGAAGUGGUGAACGCUGCCGAAAGCCCCAGUUAUACAUACUGUCUUUCAUUUCGGAAUUACCGGUACCCGUAGUGUUAGAUAUUAUUUAGUGGUCUCAUAGCCGGGGGAAAGCCACACCCGACCAAGCGCGAAGGUCGGACGUGGCCUUCGUCUGGGUAGGAGAUCACAACACGGUGUAAUAGUGUAGUGUCACCAGCCUUUGCUUGACAGACCUAGGGAUUCGAGUCGCGCCGAAUCCUGUUGGCCUGUUGGGUACUGGCAUCGGUGGCUGGUUUCGGAGGAAUGCACGAAUCCCGAACUCUGCUUACCUCUUAUCCGCCUCUUUUCCAUUUUCCUUCAUCUGCAUCAGUAGUGUUUCCCUAUCAAAUUCUUGUGUUACACCGUCUCGGACUUCCAGCAUUUUAUAGAUUCGUCGACUCGGACUUGGCCUAUAGAUAAUAUCCUUAUUGAUUGUG